CCUUUUUUCCCCUGGAAUUCGAGCAGAAUCUGCGGAUGAACAGCAAUGGGGGAAUGGACCAUACUAGAGAGACUCCUGGAGGCUGCUGUCCAGCAGCACUCCACUAUGAUAGGGAGGAUCCUACUAACAGUAGUGGUAAUCUUCCGGAUCCUAAUCGUGGCUAUAGUGGGUGAGACGGUGUACGACGACGAGCAAACCAUGUUCGUGUGCAACGCCUUGCAGCCGGGCUGUAACCAGGCGUGUUACGACAAGGCUUUCCCCAUAUCUCACAUCAGAUAUUGGGUAUUUCAGAUCAUAAUGGUGUGCACGCCCAGUCUUUGCUUCAUCACCUAUUCGGUCCAUCAGUCGGCGAAGCCCAAGGAGAGGCGCUUCUCCACCGCCACCGUCUACCUGUCGGUGGACAAUAAAGAGCAAGACUCGUUGAAACGAGAGGAGCUCAAGAACCAGAAGAUCAAGAACACCAUCGUGAACGGAGUACUCGCCAACACGGACAACUCCACCAAGGAGCCCGAGCCCGACUGCCUGGAGGCCAAAGAGCUGCUCGGUUCGAGCACGAAGCCCAUCAAGUCGAAAUUGAGACGCCAGGAGGGCAUCUCGAGGUUCUACAUCAUUCAGAUCGUGUUCAGAAACGCUCUGGAAAUCGGCUUUCUGGUGGGCCAGUACUUCUUGUACGGAUUCAACGUGCCCGCUGUGUACGAGUGCGACCGCUACCCGUGCAUCAAGGAGGUGGAGUGUUACGUCUCCAGGCCCACGGAGAAGACCGUGUUCCUCGUCUUCAUGUUCGCGGUGAGCGGCUUUUGCGUGGUCCUCAACCUGGCCGAGCUCAACCACUUGGGCUGGCGCAAGAUCAAAACGGCCGUGCGGGGCGUGCAGGCCCGCAGGAAGUCCAUCUAUGAGAUCAGGAACAAAGAUCAGCCCCGGAUGACCAUGCCCAACUUCGGCCGCACGCAGUCCAGUGACUCUGCGUACGUGUAAGCGCACGGAACGAAACGAUAUGGACGAGUCCCUUCGCCGCGUAAGGUUCAUGAGUUGCAAGAGUCGGGUAGGACGUUUUUGUUACCGUUUUAAAGACUUCAUUCACUACCGUGGAUGACAGACCACACGUUUGUAAAACAGUGAUGCAACUUUUUUGCAACGUUUGUACUCUGAGAUGUACUCAAAGAGCAAACACCGGUACCCGAGUGCGCGCUCCCUCUCCAAAUGAGCUGCGGUUGCGCAUUACAUCACAGUGCCCAUGUUACACCCGAUGCAUGCCGUUAUGAUUUAUCAUACCACGAUCGUUUUAUGCAAUUACAGAAGAAUUCUUGAUGUGGUAACACUGUAACAUGAGCAAUGGCAUGUGAAGCGUGACGCUGCUCUACUGUAGUACUUGAACGGAGCGAAUGCGUUUUGCACUUUGUACGUGACACAGCGAGAGUCUUACAGAUUUGCAACACCGCUCAUUAAUAUUUCAAACGCGAUCGCUUUCUUUCUCUUUCGUUGCCUGUACUGCACCAUUGACCUUAACAUAGGCUAUGUGAUGAACUUCAUAAUUGCUGUUACGUCUGUAUGAGUGUGUGAGCCGCAAACGCUUUUAAAAGUCUGUGAUUUCCUUCAUUUCAACACCUAAGCUUCUUUCAUUUGUGAGCUUAAAUGUAAUCAAGUGCCAUACCUGUAUAUAAAUAUAUGCAUAUCUCUUUCUCUCUCUCUAUAUAUACAUACAUAAAAAUAUCGAAACCUAUUCUGAAGAAUAUAACCAUAUCCAUAAAGCAGAUUUAUUGCUUCAAUUAUGCUUAGCGCGUCCAGAUUUGCUUUCACUGUAUUCGUUGUAAACGAACUGAAAAGGUCUCUUUUUUCUCUUGCUCUGGUGCUGAUCCAGAAAUCGUUGAAACCCAGAAUAUAUGUGCUCUCAGUUCAGCUUCUUACUUGGCCACGUCUGCUGUAUCUCUUCCAAUUCAGAUGACAAUGCAAGUGUGUAUGACCAGGCGCGUGCUUUCACGUAUAUGACUUGUUUUUAUGAUAUAAGGCCUUGAUCGAAAUCUGGUGCAUUAUUUUACUGUCGGAUCACGAUGAGCUUUUUUCAGAUUUAAAAUGUUACUAUUGUUACUAUCCAUUAUUAUUCUUAUUCUUAUGCCACCGCAUAUUUAUGCCACAUCUGUGUGUGCCCCGAGAAGAGACCUUUACGUCGUCUGCAUUUCUAAGCUUGAAGGGAAAGUAUUGCAUGUUUAAGAAUUUAUAUUCAAGAGAAUCUGGACAAUUUCAGGGGUGAAAUUGCUGGGUACUGACAGAUGACCCCUCCCCUCCACUGACGCUUAUGAAAAAACGAGUGGGGAUGUUAUGGGAAGGCACAUCUCUUGAAGGUCACUGGGGGAUAAAGCUAGAGAGGUAGAAGAACAUCGUGGCUCUGAACAGUUUGGAACGGACAGUGAUGGGAUCAUCUGGGGCCCGUCGUACCGCACAACACCUGACGGGAUGUGACCUGGCAAAUCUGGGAUUAAAAUGAAAGCUCUGGUCCGGACACAUAUGGAACUCUUGGGAGAACAACCUCAUUUGCGGGGAGGGUGGUGGGGAGCCGGAAAAACAGACGGAAAAUACAAUAAUGUGAAUCGCUUGGCUGUAUGGUGCAAUAUUCCGUUUUUUCCCUCUCCUUGGAAAUGCAUUCCAGGAUUGCACAACUCUGAGAUUUUUACACCUCUGUGGUCCUUACUGAGCAAUUGUAACGACCGGGGAGAUCCAAACGAGAGGUUUUAUUGCAUAAAGGACUGUACAGGACCUAAACGGCAAAGCUUUAAUAAAAGAUGAACUUGUAUCUUCCUCGCCUUAUGUAUACUGCAGUCCUCCCCCUCCCUUUCCCUUUCCCCACCCCCCCCUCCCCGCAACAGCAGACAUGAGAUUUUUACAGCUCCUUCAAAUGACAGUGAUUGGGUUAUGUGUGAAUGUAAUUCUGCAUGCUGCGAUGAGUUUUACAUCAUGUGAGCGUUGGAGGCUCGGUUAAACGAUACCCGCGCAACUCCAUGGCGCGGACCGGGGCUUGCGGUUGCAUCACGUGCUGCGGCAAGGUGUAAUGUGACAGACGCUAGAGAUGCAUUCUGCACGCCCAGACGUUUACAAAAAAGUCUUGUUCAUUUAACACAAAAAGGCAAGCAUGAAAUGCCGUUAAUUCAGGUGCACAGAUGCUGAGAAAUCCACCGAAAGCUGUAGGGUCUCGUGUCGUUUCUCUGCAGGGGCCUUUGUGUGAAACCGCGACACGAGAGGGAACGGCAGCAUGAUCCCGUCGCGCUGCAGAAGCUCAUAUUCAGUCUCCUUGAAAGCUCAUUGUAAUUUUAUUCUGAUUGAUUUGCAUAUUGAUUAAAAAAAGGUCUUGCAUGACGGCGGUGAAAACCGGGCUGUUUCCAUUUCUUAACGAGCGAGCCUCCGGUCUUUGUGUGUUAAGGCUGUGUAAACUGAAUAAACUGGAGAUGGAUGUUAUACUGUGAAUUAAAUCCACUUCUUUAUCAUGGUGAUGAUUAAUGACGGGCCUGAUGGGUUGUUUUCUUGACGCACGCGCGCACACGCGCCCCUCUGAGAUUUCAUUGGACUGCAGUGUGUCCUGUAAGCGCUGCAGAAACUCUGCAAUGCACAACUGUCUCACCUGAACCACACGGCCUGUUCCAAUCUCUUUUAUGUAUACUUCCUUUCAUUUUCCAGCAAAUUAAUUCGAAUACAGAAGAAAUAAGUCAAAUGUCAAAAUAGUCUCUUAUUUAUUGACUGUUAAACAUGGGUAAUGAGAUCUUAAUAUAUACAAAGGGUAUAUUAGUGUUUUCCAAACUAUUGUGUGAUGCAAUUGAUGUUCCAGAAUAAAGUUAUGAACGAUCAUUUAAAAUAUACAUCCGUCAUAUGAGCAUUGAUUUAUUUAUUAGUGAAAAGCAUUUCUGAGUGUGUUUUUGGCCAUUUUUCAUGGGUUGUAGGACUUUCAUUAGGAUUUUGAUUUCACUACCAAGCCAAAUGAAAUGUGUCAUACCUCGGUCAUAAGUCUGUGUUUUUCUAUUUUACUGUGUGAGAUGAUCAUUGCACAUUCGUUUUGCUUGUAUGACAACAAAAGUUAUGAAUUAAACUUAUUGUACAUGAUAACCCAAACAUGUAAGUGAUUA